GCAAGGAUCCCUGGUACUGCAUUGGCAGCCUACGGUACCGGGAGGCAGAGAGAGAGAGAGAGAGACACACACACACACAGAAAGAGAACGAGAGAGAGGAUAGAGAGAAAGAGAGAGGGAUAUAUAGUGAGCCAGAGAGAGAUAGAGGUAGAGAGAGAGAGGGUGAGAAAGAGAGAGAGAGGGAGAGAGAGAGAGAGAGAGAGAGAGAGAGAGGAGCUUACAGUAUUGCCACUGAGUGCUGCUUACUGCUUACUGCUGCUGUGUGCUGUGUGCUGUGUGCUGCACUGAGGAGCUUUCUGUGUGGGACUCAGCCCCGUGUGUGGAACUACUGCAUCCGCUGCAGUCAGGGAGAAACAGAGAGAGAGAGGGAGAGAGAGAGAGGAGGACAAGAGAGUGAGUGAGGGAGAGAGAGAGAGGAAGAGCCCAGAGAGCAGGAGGAAGACGUGGGUCGGGAGUACUCUGUGGGAAGGAGCCAGUGGUGCCGUGGGCAGGGGUUGUUUCUUGAGGGGGGAUCUUGUGCUAGUAUGUUAGCGCACUCUGCAGGGUUGGCUAAACACCGGGGACUGUAACAGCACCUCAGUGCACCUGCUUCAGACAGGCUUCGGGCGAUGCGGAGCGACUGAUGCCUGCAAUGGCAGCCCUGGACCUGCAGGCCCUGAUACCACCACCACCACCCCUCCAGCUCUCCAGCCAGCGCCAGAGCCAGCACCCACACCCCCAGGCCCAGGGGCCCAACCCCAGCGUCUGACCCAGCCCGAGCUUCUCCUCCCCUGGCCACCCUCCUGGCUUCACUCUGGACCCACCAUGGGAGGAUGCCUCUCCAAACCCAAACCAGUAGAGGUCAAGGUGGAGCUCACCCUGCUGGACAAAGAGAAAGAGGCCGACGUGAUGUCUCCCAACGGGAAGGCCAGCCCCUUCUCCGACUGCCGACCCAACGGCGCCCUGGGUCACUGCUCCGAUGAGGACGCCGCGGCCGCCUACAGGUCCUCCCACAAGCCCCGGGACUACGUGGAGGCAGCCGUGUGUCACGUGAAGGACCUCGAGAACGGACAGAUGCGAGAGGUAGACCUGGGGACAGGCAGGGCUUUGCUCAUCAAGGAGCACGGAGAGUUCUCCGCCAUUGGACACAAAUGCCCACACUAUGGGGCACCACUGGUCAAAGGUGUCCUAUCUAAGGGGCACAUUCGAUGUCCAUGGCACGGUGCAUGUUUCAACAUCGCCACAGGGGACAUUGAGGACUACCCGGGACUUGACAGCUUGCCCAUCUUUCAGGUCAGAGUUGAAAAGGACAGAGUGAUCAUUCGGGCAAACAAGCAGGCUCUUCAAACACAAAGGCGGACAAAGGCCAUGUCAAAAUGUUCGGCUGUCAUCAACUCGAACACAGGCUUCAGCCAUGUUCUUAUCAUUGGAGCGGGCCCAACUGGACUGGUCUGCGCCGAGACGUUACGUCAAGAGGGCUUCACCGAUCGCAUCGUCAUGUGUACCGUGGACAAGCUUCUGCCCUAUGACAGACCAAAACUGAGUAAGUCCCUGGAGAGCACAGCUGAACAGCUCCGGCUCCGCUCCUCAGAGUUCCUGCAGACCCACGACAUUGAGCUGCUCACAGAGAAGGAGGUUGUUUCUGUGGACGUGAAGAUGAAGACUGUGACUUUUCAAGAUGGCUUCAAGAUGGAGUACAGGAAGCUGCUCAUUGCCACAGGAAGCAAGGCCAAGCCACUCAACUACAAAGGAAAGGAGGUGGAGAAUGUGUUCCAUCUCCGGAGCCCAGAGGAUGCGAACCACAUAGCCCGGCUAGCCAGCAAUAAAAACGCUGUCAUCGUGGGAACAUCCUUUGUAGGUAUGGAAGUGGCUGCAGCCCUCACGGACAAGGCCCAUUCAGUGUCAAUCAUUGGGAUAGAAGCAGUCCCCUUCCGGAAGGCUCUUGGAGAGAAAGUGGGCAAGGCCAUGAUGAAGCUCUUUGAGACCAACAGGGUCAAGUUCUACAUGCUGAAUGAGGUGUCGGAGAUGCGAGGCCAUCAUGGACAGUUAAAAGAAGUGGUCCUCAAAAGUGGCAAGGUCCUAAGAGCUGACGUGUGUGUCAUUGGUGCCGGUUCUGGUCCAGCCACGGCAUUCCUGAAACAGAGUGGUGUGCACAUGGACUCAAAGGGCUUCAUCCCUGUCAACAAGACGCUACAGACCAAUGUGGAAGGAGUGUUUGCAGGGGGAGACGUGGUCACUUUCCCUCUCUACUUGCGCAAUAACAAGAAGGUGAACAUCCCUCACUGGCAAAUGGCCCAUGUGCAUGGGCGGGUGGCAGCUCUCAACAUGAUAGGAAGACCCACGGAGGUUAAGACAGUGCCUUACUUUUGGACUGCCAUGUUUGGGAAGAGCAUACGCUAUGCAGGAUACGGAGAUGGGUUUGAUGAUGUCGUCAUCCAGGGAGAUUUGGACGACCUGAGAUUUGUUGCAUUUUACACAAAGAGUGAAGAGGUGGUGGCUGUGGCAAGCAUGAACUAUGACCCUAUUGUGUCGCGAGUGGCCGAGGUGUUUGGCACGGGAAAGACGAUUAGGAAACGUGAUGUGGAAACUGGGGACAUGUCUUGGUUAAUCGACAAAGGCUCACAGUGAAGUUAUCAUUGCCUUUAAAAACACGAGGCUACCGGUGACAGCUGAAAA